CACUGAUGUUUUCUAUAAAUUGCCUAAGUGUAAAUGACAAUUGACACUGUUGGCAUUAACGCAUUGUGAAAUGUGAAUACUAUUACAAAACGCGUUUAUUUAAAAUAAUUAUAAAUCAGUACAUAUUCUUAUUUAAGUAACGAGUAUUUUAGUAUUUUGUAAAUACAACAAGUAAUACUUAUAUCUAUUUUCGAAUUAUUAAAAUAAAAGAUACGUUGUUCUGUUUUGCUAAAAUUUCAAUAUUUUUUUUUUACUAAUCGUUACAUGUUCGUACUACUAGCCAUUAUCUAACCUCAGUUUGAGGUUUGAGCCGGUUAAACAUAAAAACGUUGAACGUCUUAACGAAAUCAAAACAUUAUUUAUAUUUGAAUAAUUUAAGAAUUAAUCAAUUUUAGUCUAAAGAAAUGGAAGUGCCACCUCCGGAAGACAAUGCUGAAGGAGACCAAAAAAGAAAGCGAAUGUCGGUGGGAUUGUAUGUUAGCUGUCCUCCCAAUAUCAAAGAAUCGGUAGACAAAACCCUCGAAUAUGGUUACCACUUCAUGGUUACUCAACUUACUCAUCCAAAUUACACACGAGACAUAAAUGAUAAUAAUCCUGCACCCAUAGGGCGAACAGAUCGUGUUAUGAGGAGCUCAGAUUGGAGCAGAUUAGUAGUAGCCCAAAUUACGCCUUCGUUAGAUUUAGACAGUGAAGUUGAACAUAUCAGGGAUCAUAGCAAAAGUAUUUUCGCACAAGAAUUGGCUUUUGCAUCUCAUUUGGGAAUUCCAGCUCUAUGGAUUACUUUAACUAAACCUGAUAAUGUACAAUUAGCUCGAGCUUUGUAUGAAAAAACUGUUUCAGGUUUAUCAUUCAGUGUUUGGGUGAAUAUUCCAAUGACACACCCUUCAAGAUAUAGUCCACUUUCAGAACAUGAAUAUGAUACUUGGGAUUGGUGGAAUGAAUUCCGUACUUACUGCAAUUAUGACAAAAGAUUAGGUUUAGUCUUAGACCUCUGUGAUAUAAAGCAUCUACUGUUAUACAAUGAGCUAAAGAGAUGGAUAGGAGAACCAGUAAAAGCUAUAGUCAUUCCCACUUCUUAUUUUUUAAUAAACCAACAUGGCAAACCUGUUCUGUCAAGAUUACACCAAGACAUUAUUAAGAAGUUUAUGAGUUUAGAUGUCCAAUAUAUUAUUAAAAAUGACACCGAAUGUGAUUUGUCAUUGUAUGUGAGGUAUUUAAGCUUUCUGGGUAAAAAACUUUACGUCAGAGAUACAAUGACAGAAUUUGUGCAGGGUUUUGAAGAUUUUCUCCAGAAUCCCUUGCAACCUCUCACCGAGCAUUUGGAGACAAAUAUUUAUGAAAUAUUUGAAAAAGAUGGUGUCAAGUAUAACACUUAUUACAAUGCUAUUUUGAAAGCUGUUCAGUCACUGCCAGUUGAUAGAGUUCCUGUUGUAAUGGUAGUAGGAGCUGGCAGAGGACCUUUAGUACAAGCUGUACUAAAUGUAUCAAUUACUUUGGAUAGAAAAUUAAAGGUUUAUGCUGUUGAGAAAAAUCCAUUUGCUAUAAACACCUUAGUACAUCGUUGUAAAACUGAAUGGGCAGAUCAAGUAACAUUAAUUAAAGAAGAUAUGAGGUCUUACCAACCUCCCGAGCAGGCAGAUAUUUUAGUGUCUGAAUUAUUAGGAUCAUUUGGGGAUAAUGAGUUAUCACCUGAGUGUCUUGAUGGUGCUCAGAGAUUUUUAAAAAGAACUGGAAUAACAAUACCUCAAUCUUACACUUCUUACUUAGCUCCACUACAGAGUACUAAGAUUUUUAAUGAAAUUAGGCAUAACAGGCCUCUUGAUAAGACUUUACAAUUUUGUUAUGAGACUCCUUACAUAGCACAUUUAGCUAAUUUUUAUCAGAUAGCCCCACCGCAACCUUUAUUUAACUUUACACAUCCAAAUUGGAGUGAAAAAAUCAACAACCAGAGGUACAAGAAACUCGUAUUCCAAGUUGAACAAAAUUGUCUACUUACAGGAUUUGUAGGCUAUUUUGAUACUAUACUUUAUAAAGACGUUAAACUAAGUAUUCAUCCAGAUUCUCAUACUACAGACAUGGUGAGCUGGUUUCCUAUUGUAUUUCCUUUAGAGAAUCCAGUGUAUGUUGAAGAGGGUAAAACAAUUGAGAUUUCUUUUUGGAGGACAGAAUCUAAUGAGAAAGUUUGGUACGAAUGGUGCUUACAUUCUCCAGUCAAAACGGAAAUUAUGAACUCUAAUGGUAGAUCCUAUUAUUUAAGAAAACAUUAACUUUUUAGAAAAUAUUGUUUAAUUUGCAUGCUUUAUAAAAUAAAUAUUUUCCAAAAAUUUUUUUU